AGUCCAGGAUCAUUGCCAUCGAGGACGCGAGUGGCCCUGCCUCGUGAUAAACUCCGGCUGACUUGAGCUGCAAUUAUGAACGGGAAUCUGCACAGCGAUAUCGUGUGUAUCUUAGAUGCUGGUGCUCAAUAUGGGAAAGUUAUCGACAGACGAGUUCGCGAACUCAACGUCGAAUCCGCCAUCAUUCCGUUGAGCACCACCGCCAAAGAGAUAGUCGCCGCCAAGUACAAAGGCAUCAUCAUUUCCGGUGGUCCGGGUUCUGUUUAUGCACCAGACGCCCCUACUUACGAUCCCGAGAUCUUCAAAUGCGGCAUACCUGUUCUCGGUAUCUGCUAUGGAAUGCAGCUCAUCAACAAGGAGUUCGGAGGAUCCGUAGCCCGCAAGGACAACAGAGAAGACGGCCAGUUCACCAUCAACGUAGACAAUUCUUCCGCCAUCUUCAAGGGGCUGGAAGCGAAGCAAGAAGCUCUACUGACGCACGGGGAUUCGGUGGCGAAAGCCGCGGACGGUUAUGCAGUCACAGCCACGUCCGGAGAUACCGUAGCCGCCAUCGCAUCCGAAUCGAAACGGAUAUUUGGAGUCCAAUUCCAUCCCGAAGUGGAUCUCACACCGAAGGGCAAAGAAAUUUUCCGCAAUUUCUUAUUCGAUGUUUGCGGAUGCACGGGAUCCUUCACUCUCCAGAGCAGAGAAGUGGAAUGCAUCGAGUACAUUCGGAAAACAGUCGGCUCCUCAAAAGUUCUCAAUCUCGUAUCGGGCGGCGUAGAUUCCACGGUUUGCGCGGCGCUCAUGCGGCGAGCCCUACCCGAAUCGCAGGUGAUCGCUCUGCACAUCGAUAACGGCUUCAUGCGCAAGGACGAGAGUGUCCAGGUUGCGGAAUCCUUGGAGAAGAUUGGAUUGAAGCUCAAGGUCAUCGACGCCUCUCAAAGGUUCUAUAAUGGAACAACCGAGUUGCCCUGCGAUCGAUCCGAUCCCAGCAAGGGUAAACGACGGACGAAGGUGUUGACUCAGACCGUCGCACCCGAAGAAAAGCGAAUGAUCAUUGGAGACACAUUCAUGAAGGUCGCCGACGAGGUGGUCGCGGAAUUGGAACUCAAUCCAGAAGACGUAUUUUUGGGACAGGGCACACUGAGACCGGACCUGAUCGAGAGCGCGAGCGCUCUGGCGUCCGGUUCCGCGGACGCUAUCAAGACCCACCACAACGAUACCGAGCUGGUUCGUAUGCUCCGCGAGAAGGGACGAGUCGUGGAACCUUUGAAAGAUUUCCACAAAGACGAAGUUCGGGCCCUCGGCCGAGACCUGGACCUGCCCGAAGAGUUGCUCAUGCGCCACCCGUUCCGUCCCGGUCUGGCUGUUCGUGUCAUUUGCGCCGAAGAACCCUACAUGGAGAAAGAUUUCAGCGAGACUCAAGUGCUGUGUAAAGUCAUUUGCGACUACGCGCAUGCGUCCCAAAAGAAACAUUCUCUUCUGCACAAAGUGGAAAACGCAUGCACCAAAGACGAAUUGGCUUUCCUCACUGAAAUGUCGCUGAAACUCAAGGUGACGCCGACACUGCUGCCUAUCAAAAGCGUGGGGGUCCAGGGCGACAAGCGCACCUACAGUUACGUGCUCGGACUGUCCACGUUAGACGGCAGAGUUCCUGAAGACUGGUCGAUGCUUAUGAAGUUCGCCAAGCUCUUGCCGAAAAUCUGCCACAACAUCAAUCGAAUCGUGUUCAUCUUCGGCGAACCGAUCACGCAACCCGUGCAGGAGAUCACUCCAACCUUCCUCACUCCGAACGUCUUGCAAAUGCUGAAACGGGCCGAUCAUGUCGCCCAGAACACGUUGCGGAAGCACGGCGUCACCAAGAAACUUUCCCAGAUGCCCGUCAUUAUAGUUCCCAUUCAUUUCAACUGUGAUCCUCGUCAGACUUCGUGCCAGAGGUCGAUCGUCGUACGAACCUUCAUCACUGAGGACUUCAUGACCGGCGUUCCUGCGCAGCCCAACAAGCACUUACCAUUGAAGGUCAUUUUAGACAUGGUCGAGCAAAUUCAGAACGUGAGCGGUAUCUCCCGCGUGAUGUACGAUCUAACUCCGAAGCCUCCCGGUACCACGGAGUGGGAAUGAACUCUGCACGAUAGCGACAGCGGUGGUGUCAGUGCGGAUCUUCUCAGGAAAGGACUUCAAAAUCAGCCCUCGAUCGACCCGCGACGUCGGAGUAGGCACCGUCCAGGCGAAAUCAGCGAGAGAUUCUGAAAUCCCAACGGCCGUCCUGUGCUUUGUCUCACUCAAGCGUCGUGGCCGCAUUCCGUUCCAGGAAGUUUCCAGAGAAAAAGAUGCCCUUCUGUUGAACCUAUCAUUUUAUACUAAUUGUAAGCCUAGAAGUCCUUAGUUCGGUAGACAUGAGGGUGAUUGCGAGGGGUCCGUCGCCUGUUCGAUGGUUUCGUCGUUCGGCCGACUCCCUCGUUGGAGAUUCGAUGCAAUUCCUUCAUUGUGAUGCACGUACGUUUCGAAACCAAAGGAUCCGUCUUGAGUGCAUCUCCCACAGGUAUUUUGUGCGGAGCUCAUUAUCGAUCAAAUAUACAUGAAGCUUGAAUGAAAAUGUUGAUUUUGCGGCAUAAACGAAAUAGCAGGUCCUCUGGCGGGAUGGAGCUCCGAAACUGCUGGCGCCUCGGCUGACUGAGCGACGACUUAUAUUGAGUCACAGGAAAUGGAAGAGUAUGAUCUUUCGGCCUGGAUCCGGGAGUGCGAAUGUUGCCUGGUAUUUAAGUAUUUAAUUUUAUAGUCAAUAAAUUCGGUGAAUGUCCUUGGAUACAGGAUUACGUUGUAUCCAUGAA